AUGUCAUAUAGAUCAAAUGUACCAACCCAAUCGAGUCUGUCAUCAACACAACCCGUAUUCAACAAUGACUUGCCCAAUCAUUUGGUAAAACAGUUAUCUCAAUCGCAUAUACUGAGUGCAAAUUCCGCGGCAAUAAAAGUACCACCACCAUCAACAAUGCAACAACCGCCGGUUCCUACUACUAAAAAGAAGUCUGCUCGUGACUAUCAAUUCGGAGCAACUAUUGGAGAAGGGUCAUAUUCUACAGUUUACUCGGCAAUGGACAAACAGCUGAAGAAAACAUAUGCCAUUAAAGUAUUAUCGAAGCGACACAUUGUAAAAGAAAAUAAAAUCAAAUACGUCAAUAUUGAGAAAACAACUCUUCACAGAUUGGGUCAACAGCAUCCCGGAAUUGUCCAACUAUACUACACUUUUCAAGACGAGUCAAGCUUGUUUUUCGUUUUGGACUUUGCCGAGUACGGGGAACUAUUAUCAAUCAUACGGAAACUUGGAUCCUUGUCUGAACCUGUGUCAAAGUUUUACAUGUGCCAGAUUGUUGAUGCAGUCAAGUUUAUUCAUCUGAAAGGGGUUAUACAUAGAGAUCUCAAACCAGAAAACAUUUUGGUCGGACACGACUUUAAUUUGAAGAUUACUGACUUUGGUGCCGCCAAAUUGUUUGGAGAAAAUGAUGAGGAUGGUGAGAAGAUAGACUAUAAAUCCGUCAAUGCUGAGGCUGAGGGUCAAGGUCAAGGUCAAGUGUCUCGCGAGAGGUUUGGAUCCUUUGUUGGAACUGCAGAAUAUGUUUCUCCCGAAUUGCUAAAGGACAAUAUUUGUGGAUUUGAGUCUGAUAUAUGGGCAAUUGGCUGCAUCCUUUAUCAGUUCUUUAAUGGCUCGCCUCCAUUCAAGGGUAAUACUGAGUACUUGACGUUUCAAAAGAUUAUUGACCUUGAGUAUUCUUACAAAUCGCCUAAACCAAUUCCUAACGAAGUGACAGAAAUCAUUGAGAAAAUAUUGGUACUGAAUCCUUCAGAAAGGCCCACUAUUCCUGGAAUUAUGUCCUUUAGGUGGUUCAAUGACGUUGAUUGGAGCGAUACUCGAUAUAUAUGGCAUAGAAAAGUGCCAAAACUUGAAAGUUACUAUGGUACCGAAAGUUUAUCACAAUUAAUGGUUCCUCGGUUCAAAAAUGGAGCUAACAGGGAGAUGAACAAAUCAUCUUCUUAUCACCAAUUACAGUCGCAGAUCAAUAAUUCCGAUUUAAACUUCUUGCCUGCAAUAGGAGCUAAAAAAACUUUCAAACCUCCAACAGCUAUACGGAAGAAUACAUCAUCAAAUGCGAAUGGUGAUACAACACCGACCCCACCGUAUUUGCCGAAUGUUCUGCCACCUAAAAGGCGUGAUAUACAGCAAGCAGCUCCUCUUGCGCAGGUGAACCAGCCUGUAUUUACAGUGCCCGCCAAGAACAGUCAACCACCAAUUCCAGGACCUCAGCAGCAACUACACCAGCAGCAUCAACAACAACAACAACAGCAGCAGCAGCAGCAACAAAAGGGACCUGUCCAAUAUUUGCAUCGACCUCCUCAGACCCAACCAUCCACGCCUAGAGUCCAAACACAGGGGAAACCAAAUAUCAGAGCUAAUACAGCUUUCCAAAAUAUGCCUCGUACUACAAAACCUUCACAUACUUCACCGCCACCAGAAUUGAAUUCGUAUUCCAAGACUGAUUCUCGGAGUAUUUCAGAGAAACCCAAGUCAAGUGUACCAGAGGUUCCCAAAACAUCCCCUGAUGCGGCAGCUGCUGCGGCCGCUUUUGCCAAUAAACAAAAGAGUAAUGGUCAACCCAAACCAAAGACCCCACCAAGUACAAGCUUUCUCCUGCAGAAAACAAAGAUAAUCCCUAAACCUUCUCAAAAGGAAACAGUGCUAAAGUUCUAUGAAGUAUCUACCCUUCUUGCGCCUAAUGAGAAGAUUCUUAAAAUGGAUCUUCUAAAGCGAAUGCAACUUCCAAAAAAUGCGCUAUCAUUGAAAUAUGACGCUCUUGACGAUACUGUUUUGGAGAGGAUUGUGACAGAACAUGCACAAGACUUGGAGAAGGGUUCCAAGCUAGUUCUUGCCUUUGUUACCAACAUGGCAAGAAUAUUUCUCGUCGAUUCAACUUUAGAGGUUAUGUUGGUUGAUUUGAAAGCAAAUAAUGGUGGCGAUUACUUUAUGUAUGAUUACGAGUUUGAAAAUGAUGAGAAAGACUCAACUAAUGAUCAAUUGGGAUUCUUGAUCAUCGAAGUUGUUAAGGAAAACGGAGAUUUGUAUUUCCUUCAGCAACUUAUAAACAAAGCUCUGGAGCCAGAAUUGAUAAAGGUGUUGGAUAAAAAUGGCAACGAAGCUUCCGUUGGAAAACAGCACGGGUGGAUUGAUUGUUUAUUGAUUGCCAGAGAAACUUCAACCGUAGUGGUACUGGAAACCACAGCAACCAAUGGAACGGAUGGAAACAAUGGAGCAAGUGGAGCAUUAUCCCAGUCAGCUGGUAGAAAAAAUGAUGAAAUCAAAAGUAAGAAAGGGAGUGGUAAAAAGACUAAGAAGGAAACUAAACGUAGAGUGGCCAGUCUGCCAUCAAUGCAUUCACCACCGUCGACCAAUCAAGCGGCCAAGUUUGCACGUGCAGCCGCAGCUGCUGUUCGCCAAAGAUAG